AUGAUGCGUCGUGUGGCUUUCGUGGCGCUCUGCGCCCUGCUCGUGAGCAGCGCUGUGGCAACGGAUCUGCCCAGCCUGGACGAGAUCCUGCACAAGGGCAAGGCCUCCCCCAAGACCGCCCCCUCCCCCGCCGUCCCCGUCUCGGGCGCUCGCGUCCCUGCCUCCGGUGCCCGCGUCCCCGUGUCCGGCGCCCGCUCCCCCGCUGCCUCCCCCGCCACCGGCAAGAAGCACUGGGAGCUGCCCAGCCUCAAGGGUCUCCUCAACAAGGAGGCCGGCGGCAUCUUCGGCGCCCCCUCCCCACCGGCCGUCGGCAGCGACAGCAUCGCUGAGGUGCUCGCCGCCAACGACCUGACCAUCCUUGCCACUGCCGCCCAGGCCGUCGGCCUGACCGUGCCCUCCGGCGCUACCCUGUUCGCCCCCACCAACAAGGCCUUCGCCGAGCUGCUGGCCGCCCUCAACGUCACCAGCGCCACCGAGCUGCUGGCGGCGCCCGAGCUGGUGACCACCGUGCUGAGCUACCACGUGCUGCCCACCGCCCAGUCCCUGGCCGAGUUCUCCGACGGCGAGGAGCUGGAGACCGCGCUCGGCGGCGACGAGGUGCUCACCGUCUCCCGCACCCAGGUGCUGCAGAAGGAGGCCCCCUACUUCGGCUACAACAUCCAGCUGGUCUCCACCGGCGGCGUCCUCCCCGUGGCCCAGGUGGUCAAGGGCGACAUCCUGACCUCUGAGGCCACCAUCGUCCACGUCAUCGACCACGUGCUGAUCCCCGAGUCGGCCCUGAGCCUGCCCCUGCCCUAA